AUGACGAGCGAGGAGGAGGAGGGCCCAAACGUUGCAACAUCAACAGCAACCUCACCGUCAGCAGCGACAGUCUCAAGAGUAACAGCAACCACAGCCAAGGGCGAUAGCAAUGAUGCCAUCACUCCCUCCUCCCCCUGCAGACCCUUCCCGCUUGAGAAGGAGGAGGAUGAGUAUGAGGAGGCGGUGGAGUGUGAUGGGAACGAUGGAGACGAAGAUGCCAGCAGUGACACCAGUGUGUUAGUUGUGCCCUACCCUGAGCUGGUUCCUGUGGUUUUCUUCUGCCUCAAACAGACCACCUGUCCUCGCAGUUUGUGCAUCCGCAUGGUCUCCAGUCCGUGGUUUGAGCGCGUGAGCAUCAUGGUGAUCCUGUUGAACUGUGUGACCCUGGGAAUGUACCAGCCCUGUGAGAACAUCGACUGCUCCUCAGACCGAUGUCAAAUACUACAGGCUUUUGAUGCAUUCAUCUACAUCUUCUUUGCUCUUGAGAUGGUUAUAAAGAUGGUUGCUCUGGGAAUCUUUGGUCGACGCUGUUACCUCGGGGACACUUGGAACCGGCUGGAUUUCUUCAUUGUCAUGGCAGGGAUGGUUGAAUACUCACUGGACCUGCAGAACAUGAACUUCACCGCCAUCAGGACAGUGAGGGUACUGCGGCCUCUCAAAGCAAUCAACAGGGUGCCAAGCAUGCGUAUCCUGGUAAACCUGCUGCUCGACACUCUGCCCAUGCUGGGGAACGUCCUCCUCCUUUGUUUCUUCGUCUUCUUCAUCUUUGGCAUCAUCGGAGUGCAGCUGUGGGCCGGACUGCUGAGGAACCGCUGUUACCCAGAGGAGAACUUCACACUCACUACAGGUAUCAGUCUGCCUCGGCCUUACUACAUGGCUGAUGAGGACGACGAGCGACCUUUCAUCUGCUCCCUGCCGGUUGACAAUGGCAUCAUGUCCUGCACUGACGUCCCUGCCCGCCGCGAGGGAGGCAGGACGUGCUGUCUGGACAAAGAUGACGUUUUGUACCGUCAGUCUCUGGGUCUGAGCCCGGAGCCUCUGGCCAACGGCAGCGUGAGUGUAGCAGGACUAUGUGUCAACUGGAACCGGUACUACACCCGGUGUCAUACUGGAUUCAGCAACCCACAUAAGGGAGCGAUCAACUUUGACAACAUCGCCUAUGCCUGGAUUGUCAUCUUCCAGGUCAUCACUCUGGAGGGCUGGGUGGAGAUCAUGUACUACGUGAUGGAUGCUCAUUCCUUCUACAACUUCAUCUACUUCAUUCUUCUGAUUAUUGUGGGUUCCUUCUUCAUGAUCAACCUGUGCCUCGUGGUCAUCGCCACUCAGUUCUCGGAGACCAAGCAGAGGGAGCACCAGCUUAUGCAGGAGCAGCGUGCGCGAUGUUCCUCAUCCUCCACCCUGAACAGUCAACCCGGAGACUGUUACGAGGAGCUCUUCCAGCUGGUCUGUCACAUCCUCCGCAAGGCGAGGAGACAAACUGUCGCCUUAUACAACACCCUGCGGGGAAAACCUCGGGGCUUCCGGGGGGUUGGGAGAGGCAGAGGAGGAGGGGAUUUGAGGGAGAGGAAGGCCAAUGGAAGAGGAGGACGUGCACCCUGUCCCCACCACAACAAACCUGACCACGCUUCACCUGCCUCUCCCAUGGCCCUCAGCGCCACCUCUGCCACUGAAGGCUGCCCUCUGUGUGCCGCAGCCCUGUCGCUCGCCGACGGGGUCGGACCGGUUCGCAGUGCGCUGAACGAGGAAGCGGAGGAGGGAGCUGUGGAGGAAACGGAUAGGGAGGGGGGGCAAUCUGGGAGUAAAGAGAAGGAUGGCCAGGAUGUCGCAGGGAGCUGUUGCCCAAAGAAGAGUUGCAGAGAGCUGUGGCAUGAUACCAGGAUGAAGCUGUGGGGAAUCGUGGAGAGCAAGUAUUUCAACCGAGGCAUCAUGAUGGCCAUCCUCAUCAACACCAUCAGCAUGGGCAUCGAGCACCAUGAGCAGCCAGAGGAGCUCACUAAUGUCCUGGAGAUCUGCAACAUCGUUUUCACCAGCAUGUUCUCGUUGGAGAUGAUCCUCAAGAUCACAGCAUAUGGCUCCUUCACCUACCUGAGAAACCCUUACAACGUCUUUGAUGGCAUUAUUGUCAUCAUAAGUGUUUGUGAGAUCGUUGGACAGUCAGACGGUGGUUUGUCUGUGCUGAGGACCUUCAGACUGCUGAGAGUGCUGAAGCUGGUGAGGUUCAUGCCAGCUUUAAGGAGACAGCUGGUGGUCCUUAUGAAGACCAUGGACAAUGUGGCCACCUUCUGCAUGCUGUUGAUGCUCUUCAUCUUCAUCUUUAGUAUCCUGGGGAUGCACAUCUUUGGCUGUAAAUUCAGUCUAAAGACUGAGACUGGUGACACAGUACCAGACAGGAAGAACUUUGACUCUCUGCUCUGGGCCAUUGUCACCGUUUUCCAGAUUCUGACACAGGAAGACUGGAACGCAGUUCUGUACAAUGGUAUGGCAGCCACUUCACCAGUUGCUGCUCUUUACUUUGUGGCCCUGAUGACCUUUGGUAACUACGUCCUCUUUAAUCUGCUGGUGGCCAUCUUGGUUGAAGGAUUCCAGGCGGAGGGAGAUGCCAAUCACUCUUACUCAGAUGACGACCGUUCAUCCUCCAACUAUGACGAAAGCGAGAAACAUGACUCUCUAAAGUUGUCUGACCCAAGGAUCUGCACACUGACACCCAAUGGUCACCUGGAGCUGGGUGCUCUUUCUGGGCCAAGGGGAUCGUACUCUCAGAGGCGGAGCUUCACCAUUGAGUCCAGAAAGAGCAGCAUGAUGAGCCUGGGCAAGGGCAGCCUGGAGAGACGCUCCCUGUCUCUGCGCCAUGGUCGCAGUUCCAACUACCACAACUGGGGGCGCCCUGUACAUCCACAGUCUGCAUGGAGCCGCAGGUCAAGCUCUAACAGCCUGGGUCGGAGGAGCUAUGGGUUCGGUGGCGCUCCUCUGGUGGGAGGCAGCCUUCGUAUUCAGAGCACUCGCUCCCCCCACUCCUACACCUAUGCCGCCGAGCAGGAGUCCCUUCUCUCCCACCCACCUCACUCCCAUCAUCCUCUCCCUCCUCAUCAUCCUCCCCCACCGCCGCUCUUCCUUUCCAGGCACUUACAUGGAAGAAGUGAUCGACGGGCUCUUUCCCUGGAGCUCCCGGAGCUGCUCCGGGCAGGAGGACAACCCUCUGGUCUGCCCCCUGUCCACCUAGAACCUGGGAGGAGGAGUGGGUCAGGGGCAGGGGGAUCCAUCACUGGGGGGUCUGGUGCUGGUAGUGGAUUUGGAACGGACCACCGUGACUGUAACGGCAAGACACCUUUUCCAAACACUCACUUGAUAGCUGAAGUAUACCCUCAGGUGAACCCACGCAAGGACAGAACAGACCUUGAUGACGAGACAGAUUACAGUUUGUGUUUCCGUAUCCAGAAGAUGAUGGAGGUGUACAAGCCUGACUGGUGUGAGACCAGAGAGGGGUGGUCUAUCUACCUGUUCUCUCCUCAGAACAAGUUCAGACAGCUCUGCCAGUCCAUCAUUGCCCAUAAGCUCUUUGACUACGUGGUCCUGGCCUUUAUCUUUCUCAACUGCAUCACGGUGGCUCUGGAGAGGCCCAGAAUACUGCAGGGAAGUCUGGAAAGGGUGUUUCUCACGAUUUCCAACUACAUCUUUACUGCAAUCUUUGUGGCCGAGAUGACAGUCAAGGUUGUGUCCAUGGGUCUGUACCUUGGGGAGAAAGCCUAUCUUAGGAGCAGCUGGAACAUCCUUGAUGGUUUCCUCGUAUUUGUGUCCUUGAUUGACAUUGUGGUGUCGAUGGCGGGCGGGGCUAAGAUCCUGGGGGUUCUCCGUGUUCUCAGGUUACUCAGGACGCUACGUCCCCUCAGGGUGAUCAGCAGGGCUCCAGGGCUCAAGCUGGUAGUAGAGACCCUCAUCACGUCGCUCAAGCCCAUUGGCAACAUCGUCCUCAUCUGCUGUGCCUUCUUCAUCAUCUUUGGCAUUCUAGGUGUUCAGCUCUUCAAAGGGAAGUUCUUCUACUGUGUGGGAUUCGACGUGAAGAACAUCACUAACAAAUCCGACUGUCUGGCUGCCAACUAUCGAUGGGUUCACCACAAAUACAACUUUGACAACCUUGGACAGGCUCUCAUGUCUCUGUUUGUGCUGGCCUCAAAAGAUGGCUGGGUCAACAUCAUGUACCAUGGCUUGGAUGCAGUGGGGAUAGACCAGCAGCCAACAACCAACAACAACCCCUGGAUGCUGCUUUACUUCAUAUCCUUCCUCCUCAUUGUCAGCUUCUUUGUGCUCAACAUGUUCGUGGGCGUCGUGGUGGAGAACUUCCACAAGUGUCGCCAGCAUCAGGAGGUGGAGGAGGCCAGGCGUCGAGAGGAGAAACGCCAGCGACGCAUGGAGAAGAAGAGGAGAAGUAAGAUCAAGGGGAACAAGCAGAAAGGGAAGUGUGAGGCCCAAAAGCUGCCAUACUAUGCAUCCUACGGUCCAGCCCGCCUGGCAAUCCACACUCUGUGUACCAGCCACUACCUGGAUCUGGUCAUCACCUUUAUCAUCUGCAUCAAUGUGAUCACCAUGUCCCUGGAGCACUACAGUCAGCCACAGUCCCUGGAGACCGGACUGAAGUACUGCAACUACUUCUUCACCUCCACCUUUGUCAUUGAGGCUACUCUGAAAUUGGUGGCGUUUGGUUUUCGACGCUUCUUCAAGGACAGGUGGAACCAGUUGGACCUUGCCAUUGUGCUGCUGUCAGUGAUGGGUAUCACCCUGGAGGAGAUUGAAAUAAAUGCCUCCCUUCCCAUCAACCCCACCAUCAUCAGGAUCAUGAGGGUCCUCAGGAUAGCACGAGUGCUGAAGUUGUUGAAAAUGGCAACGGGGAUGAGAGCUCUGUUAGACACAGUGGUCCAGGCUCUUCCUCAGGUGGGAAACCUGGGCCUGCUCUUCAUGUUGCUGUUUUUCAUCUAUGCAGCUCUGGGAGUGGAGCUGUUUGGGGAGCUGGUGUGUAACGCUGACUACCCUUGUGAAGGAAUGAGCCGACACGCCACAUUUGAAAACUUUGGGAUGGCCUUCCUCACCCUCUUCCAGGUUUCCACUGGGGACAACUGGAACGGCAUCAUGAAGGACACACUGAGGGAGUGCCCACCAGACCGUCCGGGCAGCGACUACGGCUGCCAUGCUGGGCUGCAGUUUAUCUCCCCGUUGUACUUCGUGUCCUUCGUGCUCACGGCUCAGUUUGUCCUGAUAAACGUGGUGGUGGCCGUGCUCAUGAAGCACCUGGACGACUCCAACAAGGAGGCGCAGGAGGACGCCGAGAUGGACGCCGAGAUCGAGAUGGAGCUUGCUCAGGGAGGCCUCUGCUGCAUGAUGGGAGGCAUUGGAGCCAUCGCCGGGGCCACGGGCGGCCCUGUGAGCGGGACCGGUGUGGGCGGUGGAGCGUCCGGUGCCAUUACAGCGGGGACAGUAGGAGCUGCGGGUGUCGGGUUGAUGGCUCCUCUACGAGACCGAGGAGGAAGUGCAGCUCAUGAGGGACACACGCACAGGAGAUGUCGGCUCUUCUCUCCAGCUGAGGAGAGCCAGUGGCUUGACAGUGUGUCUCUGCUGAUCAAGGACUCGUUGGAAGGGGACAUGAUUGACAACCUUUCAGGUUCAGUUUUUCAUCAUUACUGCACUCCUCCAGUCUGCAAGGACUGCAAGAGCCACCCACAAGAGAUCCAGUUGGCGGAGGUGGAGCAGGCGUCUCUGAUGUCGGAGCAGCUGUCAGACAAGUCUUCAUCUCUAGCGCUGCCCGAUGACCUCAGCCUGGACGAACACAGCAGCUACCAGCUGCUGGUCAGAGACAGCCAGAGGGGCAGCAGUGACUCCCAUAGUUCAGAGGAGUUGCUAAACCAGGGGGUCUACAGAGGGCUGCAUCCCUCCAGCUCAGGCAGCGAGCUCGGGGUCCAGGAGCUGUGUGAGGUGGGCGUCCAUCCUCGACUGAACGCUCCCUCACUGGAGCAGCCAAGUCCAGAGCAUUGCACAGCUAGGGAAGGAGAAGGUUGCAGUGGAGGUGAUGGCGGGUCUCCCUCUGUCUUCCACCUACCAGCAGACUUCUUCCACCCAGCUGCAGCAGCUCAUCCAGGCAGUCCUGAGAAUGGAAUUAGCCCAGGACACAGAGGGCCAUCCAGGUUGGCCUCCCCAGCCUCAUGGGCCUCUCUUCGAUCACCCGGAGCCAACAGCAGGCCCCUGAGCGCUCAGCACCCAUCUCACAGUGACUCCUCCCUGGCCACCGGUAGUUCAGAGGGCAGCUUGCAGACCACUGUAGAGGAAGGGCUUAGCUUUAGCGUCUCCCCACCUCAAGAUCAGGAUCUCCCUGUGCCUCUCCACUGCCCCCUCCCAAGCCAAUCCUUACACCCUCAAGAACAGGCAACAGGAGACCAAGACCAUCAUUUACCCAAGAGACGUAGUACUACUUUUAACCUCCAAGCCACCAGGGGGCACCAGAGGAGCCAGAGCAGUUGCGGUGGCGGUAGCACCAGCCCUGUGCCCCGACUGGACUCCAUGGACCCAUCAGAUGAGGAUGUGGGCACAGGGACAGUUGGCGAAGGCUUUCAACAGACCCUCAACAGUGAACACUUGUCAGAAACUCUGAACAGCCUCUCGCUUACAUCACUGCUCACACAGGGCUCCCUGGCUCCCCCACUGGUGAAGAAAUGUAACAGCACAGGCUCACUGAACCAAACAAAUCUAUCUGCCCGAAGUAAAGAUGGAUGCAGCUUUUAUGGCAUAAAUUCACACAGUUACUUGUCCAAGCCAUGGACAGAGGGAAGGGCUAGGAGUGAUAAAGAGGACAGUGAUAUCGCAGCCUUCAGCAUGAAAAGCAGCAGUCGGCCAACAGACACAAGCUCCAGGAAAAAUAGAUGAAACACUUGUUGCCUCUCUGUAGUUUAACUCUUAACAAAUUGCAUUACUUGAACCUCAAACAGUAAAGGGGGAGACUUGUAAUACAGUACAUGCCAGAUGAACACAAUUUGGAAAUUCUCACUUUGAAUUUUCUGUUCUAUCUUGAUCCUACUUCGAUAUGGCUGCUUGGGAUCAGUCAUUUCUCAAAAGAUUACAGCUGCCUCUGAGGUCUGACAUCCUAUUUUUCUUCACAGGAUAAUGUGGCUGCUUUUUGAAAGGACUGAAAGAUGAUGACAGGGGCUUAGCCUUUUUAGUGUGACCAGGAUUCAGCCUUGAUGGAUAUGGCAGUUCUGGGCUCUGUAUGUGAGCCAUCCUGAAAUAAAAGAAUAUCGAGAAAGCCAUUAGAGAGAAAGGCCGGAGAAUUACAGCGACUGAUGAACAUUAUUCAGGUUAUGUUAUUUUAAUAGGACUGAAAUUCAAUUUCAGAACUCGCUUGACCCAACGUGCCCUCAACCUUUGUGCUAAAACAGUGUCAUCAACAUUGGACAGAUGGCGAACUCUGAAACUUCUUUUGAAGAAGAGCUGAACUCUGUACAGGUUUUUGUAAUAACCAUCGCAAACAGUAGCAUUUCCCAACCUUCUUGCCUGUUUAGCAGAUUUGUUGGAUAACAGAAAAUUCAAAGCUUGUAUAUUUUCUGUGUUCCUUUUCAACUUCAGUGUAUUGAAGUUGUGUGAAUGUAGACACGUUUGUCAUUAUGUGGGAGGGAAUGGUAGACCAUGACAACCAAGGAGACUGGCUAGUCUGAAAAAAUGACAGAGACUUUUCAGAUAGAAGAAUGGUUAUGUUACUGCUGCUGAGAAUACAUGUGGGUCGUUCGUUGUCUGCUUUCAAAGUGGACUUUUUGUGCUUUCUGCAUACCCAUGAAAGGGCUAAAAAUGUAUUGAGUGCAGACCUGGGCCGAAAGACAAGCAAAUAAUCAUAUUGCUACCAAACAUUAAGCUUAAAAUGUCUCUUGGUAUAAGACUUACAAAUAGUUUUCUGAAGCCCUCCCAAGUUUUACCAGAGUAGUAGUAUUUCCUACAGGUUUAACAUUGCAUAGUGGAAAAGAAAAAUGAAAAAAUUGUUGAAUUCAAUAUGUAAAUAAGUAACUUUCAAAAAAAAAAAAAGUGUGAGAAAGUUUAAUAUCAUCCAGUUUUCCCUGAGUUCUUCGAGUUAUCCUCAGUGCAAAACAACAACAACUGUUGGUGUCACAAAUAAUUUAGCUCAGUCAGCAAAUUAAAAUAUACCCAAUGAAUCACCAUCAUCAACAUGAUAAUUGCUUAGCACUACAUGUAAGUAGCAUGUUAGCAGCAUGUCACUAGAAAAGACAUAGUGGGUCUGUCACAACAAUUGCAUGAAUGGCCAUGUCAUUUUAUACAGACAUAGUGUCCGGAUGAUGCACCAUAUUAUUUUUUAUUAAUCUUCUUAAUCAUCAUGUAGUCCCACCAUUUGUGGCCCCUUUAGGUAUUCAUCCAGCUUUGUCAACAAUGCUGCCAUAGGAAUAUUUGUAUUUAUCCAAUGAUACCAUGCUGGUUUAUGGGUAAAUAUCAGCAAAAUAAAUGGCAUUGCCAUUAGCCCAAACUGUGCUUUGUGUGAGCUUGCUAAUAAGGAAACAUUAGCAGGCUAACAUUGCAGGACUUGUAAAGUAAAGCAAAACAAUGUACUGUCACAGAAAGAGCACAAUGCAUCACUUUUUGACAUAAAAGUUUUUUCUAAAAGAAAGUCUCAGUUUUUCAGUUCAGAUUCAGAAGAAAAUGUUUUUUUCUUUAGCCUGUUUGUGGCGCAUCUUCCAACAAGUAGGCACCUUAAAAUUUUUUCGCAUCAGUGGAGGGCUGUGAAUUUCUUCCACCUUACUUCUUUCAAAGUACAAAUACCCAAAAUCAAAAAAAAAUUCUACAGAAAAUCCAAAUAUGAGAGAGAAAAACAACACAGCAAGAGGUUAGAGAAAAAUCUUCACUAGGUGUUCAAGGAGACGAGCAAUUCAGAAAUGUAGAAAUAUUAAAAGAUUUAAUACCCUGUAGCUGGCAUCAGUGAGUUGAGUAAGGUCAAUAGAUUUUAUUUAAAACAAUCUGCCGGAUUUCGUACAACAGCCUUGGUCUAUUUACUGAAAGGCCACCUCUCCAGUUCAGUAUGUAUACACUGCUCAGUAGGAGAAUCCAGGGCGAACUGAAUGACAUUAAACUCUCAUAAGAUGGCUCAGAGUACACACAAACAGGUGAUAAGUUACUUCAGGUUGCCCCAGUGUAAAACACUGGGCGGAGGUUUGGUGUACCGUCAGAUUUCCAGGAUUGUUUUUUGUUUGCUGUAUUGAACCCAAAUGAUUUGACUCAGGUCUGCUUGAGUGUAGCUAGAUAUUAGAAAUGAUCCUAUAGUAUGGAAAGCAAUCUGGUCCCACUUGAUGUAAUGUGUAACACUUGUUUGUCAUUUUAACAAAUCGUCAUGACCCAUCAUAUUAUGUGUGUCACAAUAUCUGACAUCCAAAGCAGGUAGACCUCAGGAGGACCUAUAUGCACACACACAGACACCACAGUCACAUGUAUACAGCACACUGACGAACACAAAUACAUAACAGUCACACAUUCAAAGAUGUCAAUGUCUACACACUGCAGGGUGUUUCUGUAGCUGUUGAGAUGAGGCAGAGGAAACCUUCGAAACGUCUUCAUCUCUUCCACCACGUCAUCUUCAUUUCCUCCUUUUUUCUUAUUCAAUUAUAUGAUCUCCCUUCCACAGGGAAGCUGGAGUACAUAAUAACUAUUGACGACCCCCCUCUUCUAUUCGAGAUAUGCAAUAUGCUAGAGUAGAUGUACAGUUAGAUGUAUGAGACUCGUAUAGGUAGACUAUAUGGUGAGAGAUUAUAUUUAUGAAUUCAUGUAUUUGGAUAAAAUGUCAUGAAGAGUCAAAGGUCACUGAAAGGAUGAUGUAUUCAUGUAUUCCAGACUGUUGGAGAGUGUGUUUUUCUCCAUCUUCCCUACCUAAUUUUAUUUCUCUAAAAUGCAUGUGAGUUUUUUUUUUCUGUUAUCUUAAAUGUCAUUCUAGUGUCAUAUAAAAGUGAGAUAGCUUUUCAA